CUCAACUCAGUCAGACACAAAUUAAUCGAUCCGCGAGUUCAUCAAUCAAUUUUUUAUUCUUGAAGCAGAAAAAAAUAAUUUUUUUUUUUUAUAAAAAAUGGCCGAUGAACCACAAGCAGCUGCUCCUCCCGCCGAGGGCGAAGCUCCAGCAGAAGCACCCGCUGCUCCAGCUGAACCUGAAUGGCAACCACGUCGAUUGACAUUGUACAAACAUUGGGUCCGACCACAAUUCUUGCAAUACCGUUACAUGUACGAUUAUAGAUACAAUUAUUACGAUGAUGUGCUGGAAUAUUUAGACAAAAAGAGUGCAGGGGAACAAGUUGAACUUCCAAGACCUCAAUAUUGGGCUGAACGAGUUAUCAGAACGCAACAAAAGAAAGACAGUGCUGAUCCAACCUACACUCCACACUCAUACGAAUCAACCAAGAAACGUACUGACCGACGACAAGUCACAACGUUGUCCAACAACAUCAACUCUCACAACUACCACAGCAGAGGUUACAUGGGAUUGAAGUACUCACGACUUUUGUAAAAAAAAAACACACAAAAAAAUUUCCCAAAAAAAAUUAUUUUGUUGUUUCCCGAAAAAAAAAACUCAUAGUUCUCUCCACAUUUUUAUGCCGUCCUAAUCAUAGAAUAGCAUCUACCUACAAAAAAAACUAAAAAUGGAAAAAAUGUAAAAAUCUUCCAUUAUAGUAUUGAAUUAACACGAAAGAGAUAGAUAAUGAAGAAGGAGAACAUAGCAUUAGAAAUUAUCUUUAAUUAAUUAAUAUGUGCCAAAAAACAAAACAUCUUUUGAGUUAGAAAUGUAAUUUUAUCCUCGUGUGUUAAAUUUUUUCUCACUUUUAUUGUUGAAUAGUUUGUAAGACAGAAAAAAAAUCAGAAGGAUGAUUUAACUAUUAUUCUCUAAUUAUUUUAUUAUUAAAUGCUAGAUCUUAAUUGUUGUAAAUUAUAUCAUUUACUUACUUACUUCUAUUUACUUACACUCAUGAACUCGUAAAAAAAUAAUUGUAUAUGAUGAACACUUUUUAAAUUGUAUGUU